AUGCAAAGUAAACUUCUUCCAAUUCUCGUCUUGCUGUUCUGCCAUCUGAACUGGUCAUUGGGAAGCCCCGUCCCGGAUUCAACAGCUGUUGCCAGUGAAGUCGAUAAUCUCCGCACAGAUCUUUCUGCGACCAAAGCUGCCGAUCCGGCCAGGAAUGGGUUCGACAAAGAAGAAGAGAAGACGCCACUCAUCAGCAAAACCAAGCCUCUUUCAGACGGAAGUCAUGCAAGCGGAUCAAAGUCGAUGCUCACAGAGGAAGAACAACCGCUUCUUGAAAACUCGCAAUCCGAACACAGUUCCUCAAAGCCUCCAGAACACACGCAAGACCAAUUGGAGCUAGCCAAAGACGCAAAGGACGGAAAGAAACUGAGUCUUCUCGCUAAAUUGAAACAGUGCUUGGUGAACUGGUAUUACGGAGACUCGUUUGUUGCCCGAUUCUCGCGCGGCCUCCGCGCUUACUUCAGUCUCGAAAAACUCAGAAACAAAGACGAGGACGCGAAGAAAGCAGAGGAGGUCGCAAAGGGCGCACAAGCGACCUCCAAGGCCAAGGAAGACGCCAAGCCCGAACACAUCCUGGCGCCGGUGUCUGAGCAGAAGGAGCCGCCCCAGCCAGCAACCACGUCUGAAAGUCCACCGGUCCACGAAGCAUCCACCGAUACCGCAAAACCCAGCGCGAACUCGGACGCAUCCACCGUUAAUGGCGUCGCUGGCAAGUAA